CUCCGUAAAGCCCAAUUCAGUUCAAUUCUCUUCUCCAAUCAGCUCAUCGGCGAUUCCCCUUUCAGAACCCUAAUUUUAUCUAGGGUUUACUGAGUAUUAUCCCAUUUUCCAUUUUUUCCUGGGAAUUCUUGGCGGGAAAUUGAGUGUGAUUUUUGGCAGGUUCAGUUACCCGAAUUCGAUGGAUUUCGACGAGUACGACUACUUGGAGAAAGCUGUGGAAGACAUCAACGGCGAGACUGAAACGAAGGAAAGCGCCGGCGACAAGGAAAAUGAGAGAGAGAAGAGUGAUAAGGCGUACAGAAGAAGAGACAGGAGCAGAGACGACGAGCUUGCCGAUGAAGACGAUAGAGAGAGGAAGAGCAGCAGUAAGAAAUCCCGGAGCGAAGAGAAAGUACGCGACGGCGUUAAGGAGAGGGUUCGGGACAGAGAUAGGGACCGGAGCUCACGGCGUCGGAGCCGGGACCCGGAUGUAGAAAGGCGGAGCACGAGGGAUAAGGAUAGAGAGGGGCAUAGGGAUAAGGAUAGAAGAGAAAAGGAUGGAGAGAAGGAGAGGAGAGAGAGAGAUAAAGAGAAGGAGAGGAGAGAGAAGGAGAGGAGCGAGAGGGAUAGGGAGAAGGAAAAGGAGAGGUCAACAAGGAGUAGCAGUCGGCCAAGGCUGGACCGGGAAAGAGAGCGGGAGCUGGUGAAGGAAAGGGAGCCAAUUAGGGAAAGGGAGCGUGAUGAUGGCAGAAGGUUUAAGGAUAAAAGAGAAGAACCUGAAGCUGAUCCAGAAAGGGACCAGAGAACUGUUUUUGCCUUUCAGAUGCCAUUGAAGGCGACAGAGAGAGAUGUUUAUAACUUCUUUUCACAAGCAGGAAAGGUAAGGGAUGUAAAACUAAUAAUGGAUCGGAAUUCAAGGCGUUCAAAAGGAGUUGGGUACGUUGAAUUUGUUGAUUCAAUGUCUGUACCAAUGGCUAUUGCAAUGUCGGGCCACCUAUUUCUUGGACAACCGAUAAUGGUAAAACCUUCGGAGGCUGAAAAGAAUCUUGUUCAGUCAACUGCUUCUGGUGGUGGUGGUACAGGAGUUGCUGGACCUUAUGGCGCAGCAGAUAGGAAGCUUUAUGUGGGCAAUCUACAUUUCAACAUGACUGAAUAUCAGCUUAGACAAAUAUUUGAAGCAUUUGGGCCUGUGGAGCUUGUGCAACUUCCUACUGAUCCUGAAACAGGACACUGCAAAGGUUUCGGGUUUGUUCAAUUUUUGCAAAUUGAACAUGCAAAGGCAUCUCUAAGUUUGAAUGGGAAACUAGAAAUUGCUGGUCGGACUAUUAAGGUCUCUUCUGUCACUGACCAUAUCGGAGCACAAGAUUCAGGAGCAAAAACUGCGGAUUUUGAUGAUGAUGAUGGUGGUGGCUUGUCUUUGAAUGCUCAGUCGAGAGCAAUGCUAAUGGCCAAGCUUGAUCGCAGUGGUACUGCUUCAAGUGUUGUGGGGCCCAUUGGAAUUCCUGCUAUGAAUGGAUCAGCUCCUUCACAACAAGCUACACUUCUUCCAUCCCAGUUUAUUUCUAUGCUUCCUGAACCUAUUGGAAUUCCCAGCGAGUGUUUACUGUUGAAGAAUAUGUUUGACCCAGCCACUGAGGCGGAUCCUGAGUUUGAUUUGGACAUUAAAGAUGAUGUACACGAAGAAUGCUCCAAGUAUGGGCGAGUGAAGCAUAUCUAUGUCGACAAGAAUAGUGCUGGUUAUGUGUACUUGAGGUUUGAAAGUAUAGAAGCAGCAUCGGGUGCACAGCAAGCAAUGCACAAAAGAUGGUUUGCACGAAAAAUGAUCUCUGCCAUCUUCUUGCAAGCGUAUGAAUAUGAUGCAAAGUUCAAAGGCGCAGCUUGAACAAGUUCUCUCGUUCGGAACUCAACAGGAAACGAGGGGGCAAUGCAUUAAUAUUCAGAUGUUUAAACAUCAUAGACUUUCUUUACAUAAUUUAGAUAUAAUCGGCUGUGUGGACAUGUACAGACUGGAGAUGGAGCGAUACCUUCGAUUCUUGAUGAUGGUUUUCCCGCCAUUUUCUUCUUGUUUUCUUUUGUUGAUCGACCCGCUGGAAUAAUAUUUCUUAGAACAUUGAUGGGUAUUGUCUUCUUCGUCUCCGAAUAUCUGUACCAUGAGCUGCUGUACUACCUCUGCUGCCAUAUGAAGGCCCUUAUUCUGAUUCUCAGACUCCAUUUUAGACCUAGAUACAGAUGAUGAAUGAAUGUGCUAUAUAUAUAUAUAUUUGUAUGUGUGUGUGUGUGUUUCUGAUUAUAAAGAAACUGCAGUGUUAGUGCCAGGAAGAUUAUAGGAACAUGUGUGUGGUGUGUGUGUGUGUGUGUGUGUGUGUGAGAGAGAGAGAGAGAGAGAGAGAGAGAGAGAGAGGUUAUUGUGCAAUAAUAAUAUAUUAAUACUCCAAGAUUGAUUAAGUUUUUGAACUUAAAUAAUUUGCAUUUCUACUUUUGCAUUAA